GCCCAGCCUGCUCUGGGCCCUCCCUGCUGUGUCCGCUCUGACACCGUGUCCUCUGGCUGGGGAGAGGGGAAGCAGAUUUGCGGAUAUCGCUGUGACCAGACCAGAAUCCUGCUACCUCCAGGAUGGACACGGUGUCCAGCUCCCGGCCCCGCCUUGGACUAAACCUGCUGCUGCUCUUGCUGGCGCUGCCGCUUGGGGGCCAGGCCAGCACGAGCUGCUACGGGAUCCCCGGGAUGCCCGGCCUGCCGGGGGCCCCAGGGAAGGACGGACACCAUGGCCUGCCGGGGCCCAAGGGUGAGCCAGGAAUCCCGGCUGUCCCUGGAACCCGAGGCCCCAAGGGUCAGAAGGGAGAACCCGGCACACCUGGUCAUCCCGGGAAAAACGGGCCCAUGGGAACCGCCGGCAGCCCGGGGAUUCCUGGCCUCAUGGGGCCCCCGGGGGAGCCGGGCGAGGAGGGCAGAUACAAGCAGAAGCACCAGUCUGUGUUCACGGUCACUCGGCAGACAUCCCAGUACCCCACGUCCAACAGCCUGGUCAAGUUCAACGUAGCCAUCACCAACCCGCAGGGGGAUUAUGACACAAGCACUGGCAAGUUCACUUGCAAAGUCCCAGGUCUUUACUACUUUGUGUACCACACGUCGCAGACGGCCAACCUGUGCUUGCAGCUGUACCGAAGUGAUGUCAAGGUGACCACCUUCUGUGACCACCUGUCCAACAGCAAGCAGGUCACCUCGGGCUGUGUGCUGUUGAAGCUGCAGGUGGGUGAGAAGGUGUGGCUGGCGGUCAAUGACUACAACGGCAUGGUGGGCACUGAAGGUUCCGACAGCGUCUUCUCUGGCUUCCUGCUCUUUCCUGACUAGGCCAGUCAGGCCUCUUCCAGGCCCAGGGCCGCCCCACUUCUCUCAGCUUCCCUGCAAGAACCGCUGUGCCCAGGCCAUUCUCCCCACCUGAUGGACUCUUCCUCCAGGUAGCCCACCCUGACCUCCCUGCCCCAACCUCUCUCCCUCCUCUGAGCUCCUUCAGGAGUCACUGCUUUGAGACUUAACCAACACUCUCUAAUACUGUCGAUGGUUGUUUUCCAAGUCUCGGGAAAGGCAAGGUGAUGUAAUAAGUGAAUAAAUAAAUAAAUAAAUAAAUUGACAAAUA